AUGAAUUUUGUAAUCGGUGGUAUUUUUCGUUUAGCUAAUGAUGAAAUUAUUAUCAGUGCAACACAUUUAAAAGAUUAUCCCAUAUCAACAGGUGUUCUUACACAUGAAAUGAUGCAUAUUGUUCAAUCGUAUUCAGGUGGUCAACCUGGAUGGCUUGUGGAAGGUAUUGCUGAUUAUGUAAGAUGGAAAUAUGGUCAAGAUAAGGUGGGAGGUGGUUGGCAAUUACCUGAUUUUAAUCGUGAACAACGGUACACUAAUUCAUAUAGAGUUACUGCGCGAUUUCUAGUUUGGUUAGAACGGAAAGUUCAAAGUAAUAUUGUGAAUCGUUUGGAUCAAGGGUUGAGACAAAACUGA